GUCACCGUAACUAAUUCGAAUUCCAAUUAACUCACAAAAAAAAUUGAAGGAAGACGAAUCGAUGGCGUUGUACAGAUCUCUAAGAAAGCUAGCUGAAACCAAUCCCCUCAAAAAGUCCAGACCAUUCUUCACCACCGCCGCCGCAGCUUCUUCCGGCGGAACUGUUUCUCCGAUCGCACCGUCGUUUCCGCCGCUGCUCCCACAUUUCGCUCACCGGUUGUCUCCCCUCUCGAAAUGGUUCGUCCCUCUCCACGGACCUCUCUUCCUGUCUUCUCCUCCCUGGAAACUGCUGCAGUCCGCGACGCCUCUCCACUGGCGAGGGAACGGGGGCGGCGUUUUGAGGAAGGUCGAGGCUCUGAGUGUUAGAUUGGAUCGGAUUAGGAGAAGGACGAGGUUAGGGUUACAGUCAGUGGAUCGCGAUUUGGCCAAGGAGGAGGAUGAGAGUAGAGGAGGAGGGAUAAUGGAGAGUUUUGUGAAUGUGCCGAAUUUGAUCUCUAUGGCUCGAUUAGCAUCUGGUCCUGUGCUUUGGUGGAUGAUAUUGAAUGAGAUGUAUACUCCUGCUUUCCUAGGGUUGGCUGUUUCUGGAGCUACUGAUUGGUUAGAUGGUUACAUGGCUAGGAGGAUGAAGAUUGAUUCUGUGGUUGGCUCUUACCUUGAUCCUCUUGCUGACAAGGUUCUUAUUGGGUGUGUUGCAUUGGCAAUGGUGCAAAAGGAUCUUCUACAUCCUGGCCUGGUUGGAAUUGUGGUGUUCCGCGAUGUUGCACUAGUCGGCGGUGCAGUAUACUUAAGGGCAUUAAAUUUAGACUGGAAGUGGAAAAAAUGGAGUGAUUUCUUCAACCUCGAUGGUGCAAGCCCUCAGAAAGUAGAACCAUUGUUUAUAAGCAAGGUGAAUACGGUUUUUCAAUUAGCUCUGGUCGCUGGCGCACUACUUCAACCUGAAUUUGGGAAUCCAGAUACACAGACAUGGAUCACUUAUCUAAGCUGGUUAGUUGCUUCGACGACUAUGGGUUCAACAGCAGCUUAUGGAGCACAGUACUUGAAGAAGAAACCUAUCUCCAUGAUUAAGAGAUCAUAGUAACAUCUAAUUACUCCACACUCUGGUCGCUUACCGGAAAUGCCUGAACAGGUCUUGCUGUUUCAAGUAAUCUGCAGCUCCUUACUGUUUCUACCCGCUAACUUUAAAUAUAGAGAAAGGGAUAGCCUGUGAAGUACUGAGAAAUGAUGUCUUGUCUUUAGCAAAAAAAAAAUAGUGAGGCUUUUGGUUUUUGUUUGGGACUUUCCUAGUUUCUGGUAAAGAGAGAUGUGUCUGAAAGUGGAUGAUAAUCGCACAUUGGAGAAAAUUAAAUAGAAACUGGCACAUGCGAGAAUGCAAUCUCUGAUCU